AUGACAUGUAUAUUCAUCUCAUUGAGUGUGUAGAAGAAGUUCAUUGCAUUGUACUCUUUUGUCGAUGGAUGCAUUCAAUGAUAAUAUUCGUGUAUCUAUACUCAUUAAAGUAAUGAUAAAAAGAUCUAGAUCUUGAUGCUAGGAGGAGAUGCAUACUCACUAAAAAAAGAUCUAAAAUCUCCUAAUCAUUAUAUUCAAAACAAAGAUCAUCAUAGACAUUACAUUUGUUGGGAUAUUAACAUAAAUUACAAAGUUCAAGAGGGUAUGUGAUGUUAUUCCUAUAUGUGAUCGAUCAUAAAGCAACGUCAAGUCGUCAAGUGUGCGUACCGACUCUAAGGGACCUCAAAUGAUUAGUCCUCUGUUUUAUACUCUUCAUAUAUAUAUAUAUAUAUAUAUAUAUAUAUAUAUAUAUAAUUAGGCCCUAAAAUUAAAGUUCAAUUGCUUGGAAAGUGACAAAUACUCCAAAUAACCAUUCAUACUCCAAACCAUUAUAAAAAACCAUGAUUUUCCAUUAGAUGUGUCACAAGCUGUGAAAGCUUUGCUUAAUUGGGUAACAAUCAGGGUCACAAAGAAAAUGGUCCUGCCCAACUUAUUCCUCAUUUGGUAAGAUCUACAUUGCUAGUCUACAUACAACCCACUCCUCAUGGGCCAUCCCAGACUAG